AUGUUCGUUCUGACCAAUUCCUCACUUCCAACGGAACUUCGUACCGAAAACUUACUGUCAACAAUGCCAUCGAUGUCGAACGAUCUUAUGACAGUGACGUCUAUUAUAACUAACAACGCAACACCAACCUAUCAGGCAACUUGUAAAAUCAAGAAUAAUCCAAUGGAAAUGGAAUACUUCCGACCGUUUUUUAUCACAAUGUAUUGUGCUAUUUUCAUUAUUGCUAGCUCCGGUAACUCCUUGGUGGUAUACGUUGUGAUGACAAACAAACGGAUGCAGACAAUCACCAACAUCUUUAUUACCAACCUUGCUGUCUCUGAUAUUAUGGUCAAUUUCACAUCGUUGUGGCUUACACCAACAUACACCUCAAUAGGACAUUGGAUCUUUGGAGGCGGAUUGUGUCACGGACUACCUCUGUUCCAAGGUACAAGCAUCUUCAUUAGCACUUGGACUCUCACAGCAAUUGCAAUUGAUCGGUAUAUCGUGAUAGUGCACAACUCGUCAAAUAUCAACAUUAAUGACCGGAUGUCCAUGAGAUCAUGUCUUUCCUUCAUUGUGCUCAUCUGGUUAUGCUCCUUGCUCUUGGUCACACCAUACGCCAUCAACAUGAAACUAAACUACAUUAGUGAACCAUGUGAUUUUCUAAUCUGCAGUGAGGACUGGAGUAACGGAGAAUUUCGUUCUAUUUUUGGAAUUGUUGUGAUGAUUCUUCAGUUCAUUCUUCCAUUUGUUCUUAUUGCAAUCAGUUACACCAAAAUCUGGCUAUUCCUGAACAGCCGUCAAACAAUGACUGAAAGGAAAUCAGACAUUAAGAGAAAGAAGCGUCUCCUCCGGAUGUUAAUUGUCAUGGUGGUCAUUUUCGCUAUUUGUUGGUUCCCAUUCAACCUAUUGAACUGCUUACGAGACUUGAAACUCGAUAAUUUCAUGCGUGACUACUUCAGUUUCACUUUCCUCUCGGUUCAUCUUAUGAGUAUGACGGCGACUGCAUGGAAUCCAAUUCUCUACGCAUUCAUGAAUGAGACUUUCCGGGAGGAGUUCGCUAAAGUCGUCCCAUGCAUCUUUGCUCGUCGACCAGGAACUGGACCAAUCCGUGUUAUUACUGAACGCUCCGCUAUGAUCUCGAACCCGUUCCGCCGUGCAAAUCGCAAUAAAACUCCGGAAGAGCAACCAGUCACUGUGAUAUCUGAAAGCCCAAGCCAAGCAGCUGUUGAGCCGCAACGCAGCAUUGUGUACCUCGAUGAACCGGAAAACGGAUCGAGCUGCCAAACGCUUUUGCUUUGA